AUGUUAGAAGCCACAUCAGCAAAUGCUGAUGAGGAGGAUGACGAUGAUGAUGAGGAGGAGGAGGAGGAGGAGGAGGAGGAGGAGGGUGAGAAAGAGGUGGAGGAGGAGAAGGAGCAGGGGGCGAAGGAGGAGGAAGAAGAUGGUAGUGGGGGCUCGCUAGGACGAUCCAGGUUAGUUGACGUCGUGGAAAGGAGAGACGGGUGUUGCUGAAGUCAGUGUGCCGCACUCGGACCGGAGGUGUCCAAAAAGUCCGAUUGGCGUCCAGAAUGCCCGUUGACAUAUUGUGAACAUGUUGGAGAUGAUUGGGCGUUGUCGUUUUGAGGCGGCGGUGGUGGUGGCGGCGGCGGAGACGAGUCCGACAGUUCAGAUUUGCGUUUGGACUUGGCGGCGGUGGUGAUGUGGUUGGCUCUGAAGAUUGUAGCGCCUGUCUUCACUGCCCUCUUCCACGUUGGUCUGACCCGGUUGGUGUCUUCCCAGUUUGCCGGGUUUCUCUACAGGCGCUUCAGAGGCGUUUUCAUUGUAUGUUUUAGUGCCAAAGAAGAGUCUUUUGAGGGGCCUGUCGUCGUCCAUCCGUACUAGUUGGCCGCAUUGCGAGGAUGCUGAGGAUCCCCGUCCGGUUCGGUAGGUCCGUGUCUGGGAUCCCGUCCUGCCGCCUCAGAUUCAGUACUUGUCGAAGACGGCUGAAAUGGAGAUGAUUGAGUCUACGUACCUGCUUCAUGUACACAGUCCAGGUCACUGUUCCGUGCAUCAACGUCGACAGGAUGACUGCCUUGGCUGAUGUGAAACUUGUAACUAUUCCAAACUGCGUUAUGAAGAUUACCGAACUAUAGCCAAGCCUUGGAAAUGCGGUGGGCCACUUCAUCGUCGAUUUUGAUGCUGUAGGAGAGGGUGCUGCCCACGUACAUGAAGUUCUCCGCCACUUGCAGUUGGUUUCCGCUCACGUUGGUCUCGCCUCCAGACGAGGACAAUGUCUAGUAUGCGCCAUGGCCAUGACCGAAUGGGUAUCCAAAUGGCCUUAUUUUGCGUCGCGAGACGGAAGAUUAUGUAUGCUCGUCAGGAGGAGGCGGUGUUCCGCACAAGUUGUUAGGAAGAGCAAUUCGUUAUCGUUAUAGCCAUCGAGACUUCAUUUCCAGGCAGCAUGGUCUGCUCCGACGUAAGCGAUAAAAUCACCAAGGACAAAUCACCAAGUCGUCGGCUCAGAGGCCAGGAGUGCGUGCAGUUCCGCGUAGAAUUUGUUCCUCGUCUCGGUGGGACUGCUCAUCGGCGGAGCGUAGAUACUGGCAAGGGUGGUAAUUUCUCCACCACAAAGAGGAUCCUUAGCAUUUUUUUAGAACAACUUUUCUAGCCUAACUCCCCUCGCGGGGAUGAACAGUGGUUUCACCAAAUACGGUUGCGCAUACGUCUCAGACGGCCGCCAAACUCCCCUAUAAUCCCACACUAUUGAUCGGUGAAAGAACGACCAAUGUUGGCCUGGGCCUGACUACGGCAAGGCCACAACAUUUUGACCGUCGCACCCGACGACGUCCUCCGUAUGCUCCACAGCAGGGUGAGAUCAGGGACGCUGACUUGCGUGUGCUUUAGUUUAAAGUGAUGGAGAUUUGCGCUGUAUCUACCACAAUUUCUCCACAUCCCCCACCUGGACCCGGCGUCAAGAGAGAGUCCAGAGAACCGGAGGUGGGAGAGGGCGCAGGCAGAUGGCAUGGUCGAGUUCGCACCCUGGCGUUCCAAUUACCAUCCCCUGAUGCAAACAGCAAACAACUGGGCUUUUCACCAAAAACAGCAUCAGCAAGAACUAAGAAUUCAGGCUGGCGCGGCAGAGACGGCACCUAGGCGUGCCGCCACUCCCGGCUCGGAUCCCACGCAUUGGGAGUGCCAUAGAGGCCACAUUAAGGAGGAGCCACUGGAACCUGACCAGCCAGCCACUCCAUACACAAACACACAAACACAUUAGGUCGACUGCGAGAUCCAUGUUAUCCGGUCAGUUGGCAACCUUCCAAGCCACGGCUAUAAGUGCACCGUGAUAGCUUCAGAUAGUUUAUAGUGAGAAGGACAAUGCGCUGAGUCGUCGAUGUCAUUCAUCCUUCACAUUCUCAGGCCGCAGCCACUGACCCAGAAUUCAUCUCCAGGCAGCAUGGACUGCGCCGACGCGUGCGAUAAAAUCACCAAGUCCAAGUCACCAAGUCGUUGGCUCAGACGCCAGGAGUGUGUACAGUUCCGCGUAGAAUUUGUUUCUCGUCUCGGUGGGACUGCUCAUAGGCGGAGCGUAGAUACUGACAAGGGUGGUACUUUUUCCACACCAGAGAGGAAAGCGGAGGUUCAUUAG